CCCCCAUCCGCGGUGUAAGAGCAACCGUUUGAUGCUAAUAACGUCUACGGUAUGGAAUAGGCGUGGUUGGCUAUUUCAGGAGGCGUGGGCGCUUAACCACCAUCUCUCCUCCAACCACUCGGCACCGCUGACACUGCGACGAAUCGACAACCAAUUGCUGACGCCCAGCAAUUCGGAUCAAAACACCCGAAACACUGGCACAAUGCGACCCGGGUUUCUGUUACUGCAGCAGUGCAGCUCUAGAUCUCCCGGCAUCUAAUCCAGAUCGCAGAUGCAGGCAAUGGGCACUGGAAGUGCGAUAUCCGAUGCCGACAAGGCUGGUAUCUCAUCCUCCCGCUAUAAGACCAGCGCCUUACGAAGCAAGCCUUGUGUUGCUCAUUGCCUUGGGGGUCUUGGGAUGCCGGGGUGCCUACACAUGCCGAGUUGCCGACCAUAUUGCCCUACAUGUAGCAUAUGGCUCGUGACAAGAUAUCCACUGGCAGAGCCAACCAUGAUGCGGCCCCUUACAAUAUCAGACGUGGCCUUUCUGCUCUGCACCUCCCUCCAGCGCCCGCCGCCCUGCUCGCUGACGUUCACCACGGAUCUCGGGCUCAGCCUGACUCUCCACCCGGACGGGUCUGUCUCGGCCGCCCUCCAGCUCCAACACCAGCUCCGAUAUCCCGAGCAGUCCCCCGCAGCAAAGUCCCAGUCCCAGUCCAUCAUCUUCACCCGCGCAACCCUCCUCCCGUCAGAGAACACAGGCAUUGACGCCAUCCUCCUGCGUCCGCUGCUGCAACGGCCUCCGAAUGAUACCUACCGUGGGCUCGUAUUGCAGAAGGAGGCGGGGCUGAACUUGAAGCCGCUCAGAUACCGCAUCUCUCCGCCGGGAAGCGACAUGUGUCACAAUAUGCAUUCCAUAACAUAUGACGGCCGUGGAUAUGGAGAGUGCACUCAGUACAUCCACUACACUACUACUACUAGUCCUAUCACCAGUAGUAGUACGCAUCUAAAGCCCGAGGACCUCCCCGCGCGGUACAGCCCAGCCUGGUGCGACGCCUUCAGCAAAUGGGUGUCCUGGGCGGAACGGUCGCGCACAAGGAGACGGACACGGACGUGGGUGAGAGGAGGCGGACAAAAGGCUCCCGGCAGCGGCGGUGACGAGGGUGAGCGCAUGCUUUGGAUGGCUGAGGGCCUGUUGUUGGCGUGUUGGCUGUGCUUGCAGCCCGGGGUUGAUGUCGUUGAGUACGUGCCCGGUCUGAUGAUGAUGGCUAGGGUUCAGGAUACUGCGGCGGAUGUUGGGAAGGCGGAAAGGGACGGGGAGCGGGUGCAGCCUGAGGUGUAUAUCCUUGAGAAAGGGCGGUUGGGGGUUGUGGUGGGGAGGUUUGUCCGGGAUCUGGCUCGCGGGUCUUCGGGGUUGAACUCAAUUGUGGGCUGACGGAGGUUGUGUAGUGGUCUGGCACUGUACUAUACAUGCUGCACGGGGUGUUUAUGCGUUAUACUG